CACUACCUUUACAGAACGAGCGGGUCAGGGUCGGAUCCAAUGAAACGGAUUACCCCCAAAAUUUCUUAUUAUCAGAGCGAAAAUUCGAAAUCCCUUUGACCACCAUUUUUUGCCUUUUCAAUUCACCGCACAAGUUUACACGAUGGCAAAUGGUGCAUCUUUGACUUGCACCGGCCUCCUUGAAUACGGGUUGAUUGCUAAAUCAAGCAAUCGGAAUGUAAAGUGGGGAACGAGAUUUAGUUCAAGUUCCUUCAGAGUAGUUGCAGUGCAGGAAAAUGAAGGGCCUCGACGACUGGUUGACAUUAUACGAAUCAUACCAGAUGUUUCACGCAACUAUUUCAGAAGCCCGUCAAGAAGGGCACUCUUUGGUGGUAUCUCUCUCUUGGGUGGCUUCUACGUCGCCCAAACCAUCUCCCUGUCGUUUGGAGCUUUAGGCGUCAAUGAUGUUAUAGCCGCGGUGCUGUGUGUACUCAUCACCGAGUAUGUAACCAGGUUCUACUAUAGCAGACCCAAGAUCACCUUCCCCGUCGCCCUCCUCAACAACUUCAAAAUGGGUUUCACUUAUGGUCUCUUCAUUGAUGCUUUCAAACUAGCUAGUUGAAUUUGUUAGUUCUUGCUUACAGAUAUUACAGUUGCUUUAUGCUGGAGCUCAUUUUUCAGUGUAUACUACUGGAUUUGUGCAUAUAUGAAAAAGCUCUCUUUCUGAUAAA